AUGGGGGCCACUCGAUGUUGGACCCGCUGGGUGUGGGUCGUGGUGGCCUUGGCGUCCUCGAUGUAUUUGCUAUCGCCGGAGAGCCUCCAGGCGAGACUCGUGGCCGCCGACAAAGCCGCUGCGGCACGCAAGGGGGCGGCGAGUCGCGAGGCGGCCACGGCUGCACCGGCACGCGGACCCUCCAGGGUCGCAGCUGCCAAGAAAGAGGCGCUCGCAGGGCCGCCCUUCUGGCAGAAACUCAAGCACAGAGUUCGGCGGUUCGCGGUGCCUCUCGGGAUAGCGGCUUUCAUGGCCACCGUUCUCACCGCAGGCUGGUAUUUUUACUUCGCACGGCGCCGGGGCCCCAGCAGAGAACCAGCGUCGCCGCCGCCCCAUUCCCCUACCCCUUCGGAGCAGGCCGUGGACUUUGACCAGCUCAUUCGCAUAUUGACGGAAGGCCGGAGCGGGAGAGGCUCCUCGCAGGGUGGCAGCCCAGAACACUGGUUACUGCCACUCACGGCGUUCAGCGACGAUGGAGGUGACACGGGGCCGCCUGGCGAAACCCACCCAGAAGCGGGUGAGGCGCCUGAAAGUCCGCCGUCGCCCCCCGCGCCCCCUUCAGUGCCCGGAGAGCAACCCGGGGCGUGGCCGUCGCCUCUGCCCGGCGCAGACCCCACCUUACGGGCAGCCGCCGUGGGUUCGGCAGACACCGGUGGCCCAGAUGACGGAGAGCGUAGUGCGUCGCCUGGCCCUCCGACACCGCCACACCCCAGUGUCCCCGGUGGCUACCCCUUGGGGCUGCGCAGAGAAGCAUCCAGCGAGGAAGUCCCCCAACCUAGGGGUGACACGAGCAGCCGCUCAUCAGCGAGCGCCAGUGACUCCGGAAAUGACGAAGGCGACUCCAACGAUGGCAGCCAUCACACGCCCUAG